AAAAAAAAUUUUGUAAGAUAUUUAUCGAAAAAUUUGGAAGAAACAAAAAGUAUUAUAAAAAAAAUGUCGGUUUUAUUAUUCGAGCGACAAAAUAUUCGACAUAUUCGACAAGUUAUUAAACAAUAUGCGAAAUACAGCACAACCUCUUCAGAAGAAUAUCAAUACUUACAUCGGAGUGAGAUACCAACAUUGCAUUUCCAGACAGCAUUACCACGCUUACCAAUUCCAAAAUUAGAGAAAACAUGUGAACGAUAUUUAGAAGCACAACGUCCAUUAAUACCGAUAGCCGAAGCAUUUGAGAAAACCGAAGCGAAUGUUAAACGAUUUAUCACGAGUUCGGGAAAACUUUUACAUAACGCGCUUGUGGAACAAGAUAAUAAAAAUAAGCACACGAGUUACAUAUCAGCACCAUGGUUCGAUAUGUAUUUGAAAGAUCGUAAACCGUUACCGAUUAACUAUAAUCCAGCGUUAAUUCAUGUGCGUGGCCCGAAACCAGAAUACGAGACUCAACUAUUGAAGGCCACAAACAUGGUGAUCAGUUCGUUACGUUUUAUGCGCUCGUUACGAGCCAAUAUUUUAAAACCAGAAGUAUUCUUUGUAAAUCCAAAAACACCCGAUCAACCAAUGUUUACGAAAAUUGCCAAAACAUUGCCGCCAUUUUUGUCGUAUAUGUAUUGUUACAUGAACAACGCGUAUCCGUUGGAUAUGAGCCAAUAUGAUCACUUGUUUAAUAGUACUCGAGUUCCCGAAUUGGACAAGGAUAUGAUUGUCCAAGAUGUACGUGCCAAACAUAUUUUGGUGAUGCGAAAUGGACAUUUUUAUAUUUUUGAUGUUUUAAAUUCACUUGGGGAAAUUUUACCACCUGAAGAUAUUUUAGCGAAAAUAAAAAAUGUUUUGGAUGAUCCACGUCCACCAAAUCCAUUACCAUUGGGUAUUUUAACAACGGAAAAUCGUAAUGUUUGGGCAACAGCACGUCAUUUAUUGUUAAAACUUGGAAACGAGAAAACAUUACGUUUAAUUGAUUCCGCUUUGUUUAAUUUAGUUUUGGAUGACGAUCAAAUUUUGAAUGAUAAUGUUAAACUUGUACGACACUUCUUGCAUGGAAAUGGUAAAAAUCGAUGGUUUGACAAAUCAAUAUCGUUAAUUGUAACAAAAGAUGCAGUGACCGGAGUCAAUUUUGAACAUUCUUGGGGCGAUGGAGUUGCAGUUUUGAGAUAUUUUAAUGAUAUUUAUAAAGAUUCUACACGAAAACCACAAGUUCAUCCUGACACAAAACCAGCGUCCAGCGUCACACCCGAUCAUGUUACACAUCUUGAUGUAAAUUUGGAUGAUCAAAUGUCAAACAUAAUAAAAUCCACAAUCCAUAAAUACGAUCAAACUUGUUCAAGUUUAGAUAUAAACAUCCUCGAAUUUGAUGGUAUUGGAAAGAAGAUUUGUAAGAAGAACGCAAUCAGUCCAGAUUCAGUGAUGCAAUUAGGUUUUCAAUCAGCCUACUUUAAAUUAUUUGGUAAUUAUACGGCCACAUAUGAAUCAUGCAGUACUGCCGCAUUUAAACAUGGACGUACCGAAACAAUGCGUCCUUGCACCGUUGCCACAAAAGAUUUCUGUGAUUCGUUCAAUCUUAAAAAAGAAACAAAUCAUUCAGCGUUACGUGACAAAAUUAAAAAGUGUUCAGAGGUACACUCGCAAUUGACCAAAGAAGCAGCGAUGGGACAAGGUUUUGAUCGUCAUUUGUUUGCUCUUAAGUAUUUAGCGGAAAAAAUGGGUCGACCAAAACCGUCUAUAUUUGGAGACCUUGCUUAUGAAAAAUUGAAUCAUAAUAUUCUAUCAACCAGUACUUUAUCGUCUCCACACGUUUGGGCUGGUGGAUUUGGGCCAGUUGUCCAAGAUGGUUAUGGAAUUGCAUAUACAAUAAUGGAUGAUAGCCUAGGAGUGGCUCUAGCAAGUUAUCAAGGACAAAAAAAUGGUGCUGAAUUUAUUGACGCCUUACGACAAUCUUACAAAGAAAUUUUGAAUAUUUUAUCACAAAACUAACAAUUUUUUUUCUUUUACAAACAAAACUGAAGUGCCUAAUUUUCUUUUUUUACUGUUUUUUUUUUAUGUGGCCGAAGAAUCAUGUCAUUUUAUAUAAUUUUUUUAUUUUUUAUUAAAUAUUUCAUUCUUUUUUUCCGUAAUUUGAUUUUCGUAAAUGUAUAAAGGUUUGCUGGGUAGCAUUUGACACGUCAUUUCAGAACGACUGAAAAUUUAACAGGUUAUAGUUAAGGGCGUGCUAUUUUUCUUCUUUCAAGGAGCUUUAAGCUGUUGUUUUCGGAACAUCUCAUUCUUUCGAUUGCUAGACAAAGUGAUUUUUGCAUUUAAUUUGAAUACCGCCCUCAAUUAAUGCAUUUAAUUUGAAAAUCGUCCUCUUGGAAAAGGAAGAGAGUAAUUACCUUUAAAUUGUUAACAGCUCCUCAAAUUUGUAGUCAUUCUAAAAUAACUGUCAAAUACUGCGCCUGAUUGAAUAUUUUUCAUCUAACUAAAAAUUUACGUCUUUUUCAAGGUUAAGAAUUUAUCAAAAAUUAAGUGUCAAAAUCAGGUGAUAAAAUACUCAAAUGUCAUUGGCAAGAUCAUAUAUAGGGUGUUCUGUUAUUGACAGCACA